GGGAUCCUGGCCCUGCAGAGGGCGGAGGAGCACCCGCUCAUCGCGGCGGCCAGGGGCGACCCCGCUGCCUUGGAGGCAGCAGAGCGGCGAGCCCAGCCGCCAAAGCGCCUCCUCUUCGCCUUGCAGCAGCGCCUGGACGAGGCCCAGUCCAGCGCAGCCCAGGGCGAGGCCGCCCUGGCCGAGGCGCUGGCCACCAUGGAGCGCCUCCGCGCCGGGGCCGACCUGGCGAACUCAGACACCGCGCUGGUCGGCCUCCAGGCUCUCCUCAGCGCAGCCCCAGCGCGCGUCGCCAGCGGCCAAGACGUGGACGUCCUGGAGGCCAUCCACAGCCAGGGGUUGGCCAUGAGCGCGGCCUUCCCUGCUGCCAGCGCGCUGCUGCCCAGCGCCGCUGCGCCCGCGGCGGCGGCGGCGGCGGUGCCUGCGUCUGCUGCUGUCCCAGCCGCCGCCGCCUUUCGCGCUG